GGCAAAAUGGAGCACCGGAACACAGCCAAGCCCCAACGUGAUCAUUGCCAACAGCCGAAACCGUCGAAUCCUGCUUCAAUCCAGACAGCUAUCCUUAUCCAUACAUACCUCAGGUAGGUAAGGUAGGUACCUUACCAUCCACCCCGUCUGAACCAUUGUAACAUACCAACCCUUACCAGUAGAUAUUCCCCGGACAUGGAUGAUAGACUGUGCGGCCCCAUCAUCAGACCGCAUUGCGUGCUCGCGCCUACUUCCCAGACCUCACAAUCUUGGACAUAGUUCAAUUCAAAACCAGUGUCUUUCCCCAUGUAACGGAACCACUGUCUCGAUGAUUUUAUUCGCUCGUCAGCCCCAUCCCUCAGCUCAGCUACCUUCCUAACACAACCAUUCUCCCGUCCCUUUCUCUCUAUAUCUCUACUUUAUAUGGAGUCUUGCUGCUAGUUGUCGUCGGUGGCUUGAGCUGCCAGAUUUUUACUUCUCCUUCUUAACCUCUAUCCCUCCUGCCUGCCUCCUGCACGCGUUGCAAGACAAGCUCUCUCCACGACAAGCUCCACGACAAGCUCCACGACAAGCUCCACGAACGAGCUUCAGUCACGACGCGAUAAUCCUCUCCCAAACGAUCGCGCGCAACCCGCCAUUCACUUUCACCUGGCAGACAACUCCUUCACCAUGUCUAGCCAAAGGGGGCGGCAAGAUGCCGAAGAGACGGGCCGCCGCACCAUCCGUCUGGAGAUCGAUAGGGACUUGGAAAUACAGCGGGCGACAAUGUCCCAACCCGCGUCGCCCACCUCGACUCGCCGACAGCGCAGGCACUAUCCAGGCAGCAAACAGCCCAGCAGGGGAACUUCAAUGUCUCGCCAGCCCGACGAGAGGUCACCGCUGCUGUCAGGCCCGCCUGCCCAGUAUUCGCACCUCCGACUACCCAGCUCCCACGGCACACCUCGAUCCCCCCACCUCUCUCGAGAGCAAAGCUACACUUUUACAACGCGGCAUCACCAGCGCGGCAACUCCUUUACAACACGACUCUUCCAUGCCCUGGCGGAUCGUCAAGACUCCAUGGCUGACUCCAAGGGCGCCAGCGGCGCAGACGACCGGGUAUGGUACGAUCAGUUCACGUCGACUGAUUGGGUACGCGACAACAUAGCAGACGCUUAUCGGGUGAAAGCUCUAAUGUCGCGGAAGGACUUUUGGGGGCGCAUAUAUGUUCUGUUUGAUGGUGCACAAGGCUGGAUCUUGAGUGCCGUGGUGGGCGUCACCGUGGCUAUACUGGCCUACAUAAUCAAUGUCAGCGAGGCGACGCUUUUCGACCUGAAAUACGGUUACUGUGCUCGUGCUUGGUACUUGUCUGAGAAGCAGUGCUGUCCUCACGGUGACUGCGUUGAUUUCAGAUUCUGGGACGACAUUAUGCAAGGCUAUCCGUUUGGCUACCUUGGAACCGACUAUGCACUCUACAUCUGUGCCGUAGUCUUUUUCGCCGUUCUUGCCUGUUUGCUCACGCUCCAGACAAAGACGGUUGUGCCCUCGGCAUACAGGCUCACGACACUGGAUGAAGACUUGGGUGUCGACCCGGCUCAUGCUUCCGAGCCACCUCACGACCCACAUGACGACAGCGGCAGCGCCAGUCUGACCCCGCCCCCGGCCUUGCCCAAGGAGAAGAAUCUGAACCCUCCCAUGAUCUACUACUCGGCUGCUGGCAGUGGUGUUGCCGAAGUUCGCGUUAUCCUGAGCGGGUUUGUUCUUCACGGGUUCUUGGGAGCUAAAACAUUACUAGUCAAGUCUGCUGGCCUUAUUCUCAGUGUGGCGUCAGGCUUGAGCUUGGGUAAAGAGGGUCCUUAUGUCCACAUAGCGAGUUGUGUGGGCAACAUCGCAUGUCGCCUCUUUGCAAAAUACGACUACAACGAUGCCAAGAGACGUGAGGUUCUGUCGGCGGCGGCAGCGGCAGGUGUUACAGUGGCAUUCGGUGCUCCCCUGAGUGGUGUUCUCUUUGGACUUGAGGAGGUGGCCUACUUCUUCCCAGCCAAGACGCUCUUCCGCACAUUCUUCUGCUGCAUAACUGCAGCACUCACCCUCAAGUUCCUGAACCCCUACGGCACCCACAAGAUUGUCAUGUUUCAAGUUCAUUACAAGCAAGACUGGGAGUAUUUUGAGAUCUUCAGCUUCAUUCUCAUUGGUGUCUUGGGUGGCGCCGCCGGUGCCAUGUUUAUCAAGGCUUCGCGUCGGUGGGCCCAGUCCUUCCGCCGAGUUCCAGUCAUCAAAAAGCACCCCUUACUCGAAGUCGUGCUAGUGGCAUUGAUCACAGGCCUGAUUGGCUACUGGAACGUGCUCACGAAGCUGCCUGUGGCCAAGCUUUUGUACAACCUCGCCGCGCCCUGUGAUGACACAGAUAACAACUUGGAGGAGCUCGGUAUCUGUCCCGACAACCGUGACGAUAUUGGAGCCACCAUCGCUACACUGUUCAGUGCAUUCUUGAUCAAGGGCUUCCUUACCAUCGUGACAUUUGGCAUUAAAGUUCCAGCAGGCAUCUACGUGCCGUCCAUGGUCGUCGGUGGCCUCAUGGGUCGAAUAAUUGGACAUUGCGUCCAGUGGUUUGUGCUCACUACCCACACUUGGAAAAUUUGGGGAACCUGCUCCCAGGUUGGCGAUGCGAGCUGCAUACAGCCGGGAGUCUAUGCACUGAUUGCCGCAGGUGCCACCAUGUGCGGUGUCACCCGUCUCUCAGUCACUCUCGCGGUAAUCCUGUUUGAGCUGACAGGCAGCCUGGACUAUGUGUUGCCUUUCUCCCUAUCUGUCCUGGUUGCUAAAUGGACGGCUGAUGCCAUUGAGCCUCUGAGUGUUUAUGACCUCUUGACCAACAUGAACUCAUACCCGUAUCUCAACAACAAGCACAAGCCCAUCUUCACAUCUGACCUUGGAGAUAUUGUUCCUCGCAUAAGGCGCGAGAGGAUUAUCGACAUAACAAACUCGCCGCUCGUCCCUGCCGUCAGCUUGCGCACCAAACUCAACGUGUUACACCAAAGGGGAGAGCUUGAUGGCGGGCUACCUAUCGUGCGCGAUGGGACACUUGUCGGGCUCAUCCCUGCGCCGGAUCUUGAGUUUGCUCUGGACAACCUCGAGGACGAGGAGUCAGCCAUGUGCUUGAUGGCAGACGUGCCAAGUGUUGAUGACGAUGAUGAUGGGGAGCCUGACCCCUCGGACUUGACACGUUUUAUAGAUCCGGCACCUGUUGCACUUGACAUCAGAUCACCCCUCGAUCUGGUAUAUGAGUGCUUCGUCAAGCUUGGCUUGAGGUAUAUUUGUGUGCUUCGCGAUGGCAAAUUUGCUGGAAUCGCACACAAGAAAACGUUUGUCAAAUAUAUACGCGACCUGGAGGAGCGUGAGGGUGCAACACCGAGGUAGCAGGACAGAACAUACAGAACAUUUCGGCAAUCUAGGGAUUUCUCAAGUUUUUAUUUUUAUUUUUCAAGAAAGCUUUAUUGCUUCAA